CCUUGUUGUUUUAUUGUUGUAGUUAUGAAUGAUGUCAUUGUUGUUGGAUAGGACAGAGAGAAAUUGAGAGAGGAGGGAAAGACAGAGAGGGGGAGAGAGAUAGACACCUGCAGACCUGCUUCACCGCUUGUGAAGCGACUCUCCUCACCAUGAAACUUUUCAUAGGCCUACUUCUCUGCUCCUGGGUCCUGGGGGUUAGCAGCGAGGGCUGGCUUUCCUUCAUUGGUGAGGCUAUUCAAGGGACCAGGGACAUGUGGAGAGCCUACUCUGACAUGAGAGAAGCCAACUACAAAAACUCAGACAAGUACUUCCACGCCCGGGGGAACUAUGACGCUGCCAGCAGAGGACCUGGGGGAGCCUGGGCUGCCAAAGUGAUCAGGUAGAUAUGCUCACGGGGGUGCAGUGCUGGGGUGCAAGACUUGACUGCUUUGGGGUCCUCUUGGGUGUGGGGACUCUUCCUUGGGACCAUCCUCUCCACCUGCCAGCCCCUCCUGAGCAUGGGUGCUGGAUUAUGUCCUGCCCUAAAGAAGACUGUGAGGGCACAGGAGUGACUGUCAGCUUCCCCACAUGAGUGCUCUGUGUGCCAUGUGGUGAGCCCAGGCUCAGGGCUUUAGCCUCUGCUUCCCUGGCUCCUGUCAGUGCUGACUGGCCCUUGCAAAGGGGAGAGAGUGGGAGGUGGGGCUGCUGCUCCUCAGCCCUGACUACCCCCCUGCUUGCCUGCCUGCCUCUCUCUCUCCAUUUCCAGUGAUGCAGAGAGAAAUCCCAGAGAGUCACAGACUUUUUCAAGUAUGGAGACAGUGGCCAUGGAC